AUGUACCGUCAAGUGCUCACGGCGCUACUGGACAGGCGGUUCCUGCGAUACUUCUGGCGAUCCGAUCCAUCGCAUCCGUUGAGGGUACUUGAAUUGAAUACCGUUACGUACGGUACAGCUUGUGCACCAUACCAAGCAACGAGGUGUUUGGUGCAGCUUGCCCAGGAAGAAGGUUCUGAGUUUCCCAUCGGUGCUCGGAUCCUGAUAGAAGACUUCUACGUCGACGAUGCUCUAUCUGGAGCCAACACCCUCGAAGAUGCCAUCGAAUGCCAACGUCAGCUGAAAGCCCUGCUUGCCAGAGGUGGAUUUCAUAUCCACAAAAGGUGCUCCAACUCGGAUGAGUUUCUCGAGCACAUACCACCUGCAGAUCGAGAAAAGAAAGUUCCGUUACACGAGUAUGGACCCAACGAAGUAAUCAAGGUACUCGGAUUGCUCUGGGAUCCGAACAUCGACAUUUUCAUGAUUGCCAAUCCACCAAGCUUUUCGCAACCUGCCGAUAAACCAGCCACAAAACGCAUAAUUUACUCCGAGGUGGCAAAGUUGUUUGAUCCACUCGGAUUGUUCGCUCCAGUGAUCGUCACCAAACGUCUGGGCAACCUGCGCCCGGUGUAUGAAAACGGCUUGCUGCGAGUCGGAGGGCGAUUGGAUCGCUCGAAACUGCCGUUUGCAGCGAAGCAUCAACUCAUUCUUCCCGACAAGGAUCCUGUAACGAGAAAGUUGAUUAGUGCAUUGCAUUUAGAGCAUCUUCACAUCGGUCAAGCCGGUUUGAUCAACAUCAUUCGGCAGAGGUACUGGCAUUUGAACGCAAAGUCUACUGUGCGACAAGUAACACGGUCAUGUGUGAAAUGUUUUCGCACGAAUCCUGAUGAAACCAAACAGCUAAUGGGAAAUCUACCGACAUCGAGAAUCGUACCAUCGCCUCCGUUCGCAGUGACUGGUGUGGAUUAUGCCGGUCCGUUUCUGGUGAAACAAGGUUCACAUCGUCCGAAGCUUGUGAAAGCGUAUGUAGCAGUCUACGUAUGCAUGGCGACGAAGGCUGUGCAUUUGGAUGUCGUAUCCGAUCUGUCGUCGGAUGCCUUCCUAGCGUCGUUGAAGAGAUUCAUCAAUCGAAGAGGAAUGGUCCAACAAAUUCAUUCGGACAAUGCAACUAAUUUCCACGGAGCAAACCACGAACUACACGAGUUGUAUCGGCAAUUCCAAGAUCAACAAACUGCGAAGAAGAUCCAACAGUUCUGCCAAGCACGUGAGAUACAGUGGCAUUUCAUUCCGCCGGACGCACCAGAGUUCGGUGGUCUCUGGGAAGCGGCGGUUAAGGCGACGAAAACCCACCUGAAGAGAGUCGUACGCAACGUGAAGCUGACAUUCGAAGAAAUGGCAACCAUCCUGACGGAGAUAGAGGCCAUCCUAAACUCGCGUCCGUUGUACAGCGUGUCCAGCGAUCCUGCAGAUCCACAGGUAAUUACGCCAGCUCACUAUCUUAUAGGUCGUCCGCUGAUCGCUCCAGCCGAGCCGUCCCUGGAAGAUAUCAACGUUAACCGACUCGAUCGAUGGCAACAUCUUCAACUGAUGCGUGAGCAUUUUUGGCGAGCGUGGCCCAGGGAUUACCUCAAUUCUCUCCAACCACGCAAGAAGAAUCUACGAACGACACCAAACCUUCGACCUGGAAUGGUGGUCGUACUCCACGACAAGACUCAACCCCCGCUCAGUUGGAAGCUGGGUCGAAUCACAUCAGUGUAUCCAGGUGAUGACGGUUUAGUACGGGCCAUCGAUGUGUUCACCAACGGAUCAACGUACCGUCGUCCUAUCAACAAGGUCUCCGUACUUCCAAUCGAGGACAACGUUUGCCCCUCAUCGGUACCUGAAGCUGUUGAUACGAUGUCUCAACCGGGGGGAGAAUGUUCCGUCCGUUCUCAGAAGGACUGAAGUGAGGUAGCGCCCAAUCAUAUUUCUACGGCAACACUACGAACAGCGACGCUGAAUACUAUGGUAGGGAUUCGUACGAGGGAGAACAGCACAAACCGAGGAGUAUUAAUUCAACUUUCGAAGUGUGUACACUAGAGCAAAGAGCAAUAAAUGUAGCUAAGUUAGUGUAGCAAAAGUGUUCUUUCCAUCGAACCGAUCAUCCGAAAUUACAGUCCACCACCGAAGAUCCGUCCAUCCAAGGGAAUCGUCAAGGGCACUUCCAGUGUCAUCCCAAGAUCGUUUUCCACGGCGAUUCCCUCCCGCAUGUGUUAUGGUUCAUUGCAUCGGAACAACUAGACAUUUGAAGAAACACAUAAACCGACUGCAUAUAGUAGAUUUCGCGAGUUCUUAACACGUUUUUGAUAGGAACAUAGAGUUGUCUUCCUUGGGCCUCAAGGGUAUUCAAAAGUCGCUCUCUGGCGGCGUCAUUAUCCGUACAUUGCAGUGGCGUCACGUAACCUCACUUUUUACCUGUGCACGAACUUUCAAAAACAGAUUUAAUGCCUCGAAUCGGUUGAAAAAUACACUUAAUCUUCUAGUUAACUCGAUAUCUAUCCAUUGCAAGCAAUAUUUUAAUUGUAUAAUUGAUUAUGUUUUGGAUAAUUGUUUAUGUUUUGAGAGUUGCUGCACAGGUAGAUUGAGGUUAAGGCGACGACACUGGUACAUUGCCAAACUGCGUGAUCGAUGUCAUCGUAACCGUUUCCACACCGACAGAUGUUGCUGUCCACAAGGUUUAUUUUAUUGAGAUGAGCAUCUAGCGAGUAGUGGUUGGAGAUAAGUCUACUCAUCACGCGAAUGAAGUGUUACGUUUUAGGUUGGUUCGUAUUAUUGCUCCUAUGGUCAGCACUAAACUGGUGUCGGAAACACAAUAAAAUGAGUAGAUCCGAUCGAACGUGCAGCAGCGAAACUAUGCCACAUGGGACGCAUCACUUGAAAGCGAACAAGGAUCGCAAAUUAUUUCGCAAACACCAUUCUUCAGGGAUUUUGCUGACUACGUUUCCGCACGCACACACACUCUCACCAACCCCCAUUGGACUCGACAAAAGGCAGAAGUGGAAAGGUUGCCGUGUAAACAGCACGCAAAAAAGAAACGGUGUCAGUCGAACAGUCCUUUUUUGGCCGUCGCGAGUGCGAGUAGAGUGCGUAGCGCAAUUUAUCGUCGCGUGGGCUGCUUUCGGUAGUGGUUAAAGCUUCGAUCGGAAUCCGACAGUUUCUGGGAAGUCCAGAACCGGAACGAUAACAGCCCUUUCGGAGACUGCAAUAAGCUGAAGGUGGGUACUGUGGACGUACAAUAGCUGGAAGCCAUUUUGAUAUGUUUCUUGGUAUAGAUUUCGUAACACCAACCACACAACGAGAAGCAUCAAGACGCACGAAAAAAGAAAUCGACGGCAAAACGUGCCCUCGAACGUACCAUCAGCGCAACAACCAGCUAAAGCAGAUCAACCACUUGAUAGCAAGACGCGAGAGUCCGGACAGUGCCUGACGGCGGUGAAUAGCUGCGUUCGAAACCCGAAGCCUUCAAAUGAAGGCUUUUUCUGUUAUAGGCUUUCAGCUGCUCAUCGGAUAGAGUCAUCUGAUCAUCGUGCGACGGUGCUUGCAUCGAAGUCCGCAACGCUUGUGGAACCCUCAGGCGAGGUGGAGCCCUGUUGGAGGUUUGUGCCAUCGAGGCGACGGGGCUCGCCACAAGCAGCCAGGCUCGACCAGCGGUAAGGGUGCACCCGGCCGGUAAAGUGAGUACUCACCAGAAGAAGACAUUAUAGUUAGAAAGAAAAGAUGGAUUAAUUAGGGAGAGGAUGCAGGGAAGACAGAAUUGGUAGGAGUGAGUUGAAGGAUCAUGCGGCGUCAUGAGGAGAAAAGUGUCGGACCUAUGGGGGAGCAAUAAAUGCACGUGAAACAUUAGUCUGACCAUCUUGAUUUCGUUGGCGCACAGUCCCUCCAUGGAUAGGUAGUUUGCACUACCAAUACAUGAGAAUUGCAACAGAAGUCACGACUUAAGUUCAAGCCUUUAAACCACGCUCUCGAAGAAACAUUAGGAAUAAUUGAAUGUAACCACCGUCCAAGAUUUCCAUUGUCCCAAUGCCGGUUUGCCAAUUCGAAAGGGUACUCUGACGCACUAAAUGGUAAAAUUCAUCGAGUGAAAUUUGCCUGUCAUAAAAUUCGCCUUCCUGCGCGCCCACCUUUGCGAGAGAAUCCGCCUUCUCAUUGCCUGGGAUUGAGCAAUGUGAGGGGACCCAUACAAAGGUAAUCAUAUAUGAUCUUUCGACCAGCACACUCAUCUGCUCCCUUACCUUUGAAAGGAAAUAAGAUGAGUGCUUACCUUGUUUCAUCGAUCGAAUAGCCUCAAUCGAACUGUGACUAUCCGAGAAGAUGAAGUAAUGGUCUGCGGGCAUGUUGGAAAUCAUCCCCAAUGCGAAGUUAAUUGCUGCCAGCUCAGCAACAAAAACGGAACAAGGUUCCUGGAGUUUGCGGAAGGCGCUAGAGUUUUCAUUGAAGACACCGAAGCCAGUGGAUCCACUGAGACGAGACCCGUCUGUAAAAUAUAUGUUCACGCAAUUGACGUGUUGGUACUUUUCAGUAAAAAUACGUGGGAUAACAAUAGUUCGAAGUUGAUCUGGAAUCCCAUGAAUCACUUGUUUCAUGGACAGAUCAUAUUUAAUUGAGGAACUGCGAUUAGUAAAGUGAGCACGGUCUGGAAUAUAACAAGGAAGACACAUAUCCGAGGAUACGUAGUGGUGGUAGACUCUCAUAAAUCGAGAUUGUGUGUUCAACCCAAGAAUUUCUUCAAAAUUAGCAAUUAUAACCCGAGCAAAGUCCAGCAUCAAAAUUGAAAUCAAGUUUUGAUAUCAACAUCAAACUGAAAUCAUAAUUUGAUUUCAGUUUACGCAAUUGACAAAUUUGAUACCAAAUGUUGUUUUCCUUUUGCUGUUCAUUUGCUCUUCAAAAAAAUGUUGUUGCAGGUUUGUUUUCAUUGCCUUAUCAUAACAUCAAAUUCAAUACUUGUUUUGUUAUCAACAGGAAAAAUUGAUAUCAAAUUUAGUUUUCAGUUUGCUCUCACUGAUAGCAGAAAUAGUUUUCAAUGUGAUGUCACAGGAAGAUUUUUUUGGUCUCAAUUUUGAUAUUUUAACCGUUAAAACGACCAAAACGACAGCAACCCGAGUAAUCAUUAUCAGCGGAAUCAAAACAUCAAAUUUAGAUUUCAAUUUGAUCUCAGACUUUGCUCGGGAAGUGUGUUCGUCACUCCGCAUUUGAUUAGUAUUCUGAGAGAGAGAGCUCCCAGAAAUGGUUCUGGAGAGGUGUUACUCCUGCCAGAACCUCGAGAUUCAUGUUAUGCGUUGAGUGCAUACAGCCGAAAGCAUUACGCAGACAACGAUAUUUAAUUCGUUCCAAUUUUAUUAGGUGACAUUUUCUUGCCGAGAGAAAGCAGAAAGAGCCGUACUCUAUAACAGAGAGAAUAGUUGUUUUAUAAAGCGUUAUGAUGUCUCCCGGAUGAGCACCUCCCUCACCAUGUGCCGCAAAUUGAACGGAGAAAGUUGAUCCUCUGUUGACAUUUUUGCUUCAAAUACGUAAUAUGGGUAUUCCAAGUGCACUUUGAAUCAAACCAGACCCAAGGUACUUGAAAGACAAUGAUUGAGUAAUGUUUCUGCCCAAAAGAUUAAGCUGCAUUUGGGCUGGAUACCGCUUUCGAGUAAACACUACCAGUUCAGUUUUCUGUGGCGAGAAUUCGAUCCCUAGAUUCCUAGCCCAAGAAGACAAGUUAUCUAAGGAACUUUGCAAUGGUCCUUGCAAGUCCACGGCAUGUGGACCUCUUACGGAAACUACACCGUCAUGUGCAAGUUGUCUUAGCGUGCAUUGUUUUGCCAAACAGUUGUCGAUAUCUUUGACAUAAAAGUUAUAAAAAAGAGGGCUGAGACAUGAGCCUUGGGGCAGGCCCAUGUAGCUAAUUCUGGAAGUUGUCAGUUGUCCAAGUGAAAAGUUCAUUUGCUUUUCUGACAACAAAUUGUACAAUAAAUUAUUUAAAAUUCCAGAAAGUCCACAUCUGUGCAGAUUAUCUGCCAGAAUUUCAAUGGAAACUGAAUCAAAAGCCCCCUUAAUGUCCAAGAAUACUGAAACCAAUUGCUCCUUGUGCGCAAAGGCCAGUUAAAUAUCUGUUAAAAAGCAGCGCUAGACAAUCGUUUGUUCCUUUGCACUUGCGGAGCCCAAACUGUGUACUUGAUAGCAAGUUAUUUGUUUCGACCCACUGAUCGAGUCUGCGAAGGAUCAUUUUCUCCAACAAUUUCCUAAUGCACGAAAGCAUCGCAAUCGGACGGUAUGAGUUAUGGUCAGACGCUGGUUUGCCAGGUUUUCGAAUGGCUAUUACUUUGACCUGUCUCCAUUCAGGCGGUAUAAUGGUAUUUUCUAGCAAGGAAUUGAAUAAGUCUAGCAAGCGUCUUUUAGCAAUAUCUGGGAGAUUUUUCAGAAGAUUGAAUUUAAUCAUAUCGCUUCCCGGUGUUGAGUUGUUCGAUGAAAGAAGAGCCAUAGAGAAUUCCAGCAUUGUGAAUGGUUUAUCCAGAGAGCUGCCGCUCGGAGACGCUUCUCGAAGAAUGUGUUGGGCUGGAACUGAGUCCGGACAGUCCUUUUUAGCGAAAUCGAAUAUCCAUCGGUUGGACUAUUCUUCACUCUCAUUAGAAGAUGAGCGAUUACGCA